ACGUAUUAACGUCAUUUGUUUGGGUAACGAGCUGCUUUGAACGGUUUUCUUGGUGCUUUUACAAGAACAAUUCAGCCGUUUUACACACUAUCUUCCAUACAGCAGAUAUGUCAUCGCCACUAUCAAAGCCUCAGAUCAUUGUACAUAUUCAGAAGAGUCUGAACUACACCGUUUUUGAUAGUAAAUGGAUUCCCUGCAGCGCGAAGUUUGUCUGCCUGGGAAACUUCCCCAGAGGAACCGGAGUAAUGCAAAUAUAUGAAGUGCAACACGGAGAGGCUCAGCUUAUAAAGGAGGUAGAGAAAUCUAAACCCAUAAAGUGUGGGACAUUUGGGGCCACAUCUCUUCAACAAAGACACAUAGCAACUGGGGAUUUUGACGGAAAUCUCAAUAUAUGGAACCUGGAGAUGCCUGAAGUGCCAGUGUACACUGUAAAGGCCCACAAAGAGAUAGUCAAUAGUAUCGAUGGUGUUGGCGGCCUGGGGAUUGGCGAUGGUGCACCUGAGAUAGUUACUGGAAGUAGAGAUGGGACAGUAAAAGUGUGGGAUCCCAGACAGAAGGAUUCACCUGUAGCCAACAUGGAGCCGGUGGAAGGAGAAACCAAGAGGGACUGCUGGACUGUUGCAUUUGGUCAUGCCUUCAAUGAUCAGGACCGUUGUGUGUGUGCUGGCUACGACAACGGGGACAUCAAACUCUUUGACCUGCGGAAUAUGUCUCUACGGUGGGAAACCAACAUUAAAAACGGGGUAUGCUGUGUGGAGUUUGACAGGAAAGACAUCAACAUGAACAAGCUGGUGGCCACCUCACUGGAGGGAAAAUUCCACGUCUUUGACAUGAGGACCCAGCACCUCACCAAGGGCUUCGCCUCAGUUUCUGAAAAGGCUCAUAAGUCGACCAUCUGGCAGGUGAGGCAUUUGCCUCAAAACAGAGACAUCUUUAUGACUGCAGGGGGAGCAGGCAGUUUGCAUCUAUGGAAAUAUGAAUAUCCCGCUCAGAGAAGCAAGAAGGACUCAGAUGGCGUGGAUGUGGGCGUAGCUGGCUCUGUCAACCUCUUACAGAACGUCACUCUGUCCACUCAGCCAAUCGCCAGCCUGGACUGGAGCCCCGACAAGCAGGGCCUGUGUGUGUGUUCGGGCUUUGACCAGUCUGUCCGUGUGCUCAUUGUCACCAAACUCAACGUGGUGUGAAGGAGUAGACCACAACAAAGACUGAUAAAAAUGUGCAGCCUAAAACAAAACGGGACACAACUGCAGAGACUCACUAAUAGUGUGUAAACACUGCCCUUGUUGUGAGGUGAAUUAUCUUUUAUUAGAAGACAACAAUGUCCUUUUCUCUGUUAAAUGCUCUCCCUGAAAAAUAUGUAGUGCUUUGGCUGAGGCCUGUAGGCAAUGUUAUCGUAUAGCGCAGAGAAUAACCCCUGAAACACACUCAUACAUUUCCCCUAUUAUUGAAAAACCUCUAUUGGGAUGAAGAAAUAAGUCACAUAACCUCUGGCUUGGAAUAACAUUUUGGGGAUCAAGAUUAAUUUUUUUCUAUCUUUCCAUUUUUGUAGGAUGCUCACUGAAACACCUGUCUUUUGUUGCACUAUUGGUGAACGUUGUUGAGUUCCAUUCUCACUUUUGAUAUGUCAUUUUAUUGAGAACUCUGUUUUCAAAUUACAUGUGCCUUUGGAAAAAAGAU